AUGAACAGCGGGGGCCUCGAUGGCUCUGGCACCAUCGACCCAGCUUCCUUGAACCCCGCCAGCGCGUACACCAUCGCGACACCAUUCUCGCCGCCCACAACUGCGACAGAGUUCGAGAACGACACGAAACCUAAUGCUGCUGCGCUCGCGAGUAUUACCAGCCCAAGAGGAAUUAAAAGAAGUCGGUCUCCCGAGCCUUACAGAGAUGGAGCCAUAGCCGGCGAUGAUCUCGGUGCAGGUGCUACCGAAGAACCGGUCCGCAGGAAGCGUGGGCGACCACCAAAGAACAAGGGCCCUGGUGUGCCGCAGAGUCCGCAGCUUGCGAGUACCCCACAGCAACAACACCAGCAACUACCCGCACAGACCGUAAGCACGCCACAGCAGAUCCAGCAAUUACAGACACCCACUCAGCAACCGGGUACCUUACCUACACCGCCGAAACCGACACCUGCCAAGCCGAUGGUCAAGGCGCUGCCAACGGUACGCGACCAUACAACUGACCAACUUACGCCUGAGGGCGACGAAUAUAUUCCUCGCGAGUAUGAUGAGGAGGGCGACAAGAAAGUCAUGCAAACGGGGCAUCUUUGCAAUGGCAGGGAAUAUAAAUGCCGAACGUUUCACGUGCCGAAUCGCGGAGAGAAGCUGUUCAUGUUGGCGACUGAGUGUGCCAGAGUCUUGGGGUACCGAGACUCGUACCUCUUGUUUAACAAGAAUAGGUCCCUCUUCAAGAUUAUCGCCACGCAAGCAGAGAAAGAUGACCUUAUCCAGCAAGAGCUUCUCCCGUACUCUUACAGGUCGCGACAGAUCGCGAUCGUGACUGCUAGGAGUAUGUUCCGUCAAUUUGGGAGUAGAGUGAUCGUAAAUGGCCGACGUGUGAGAGAUGACUACUGGGAAUCCAAGGCACGAAAGCAGGGUUUCACAGAAGAAGACCCAGCUGGUGAAAAAAGGCCAGGUGCAGCAAAGAUCAGGGCCGCGCAGGCCAGUGAGCAAGCUGCAGCCCAACAGCAGCAACAAGCUGCUCAACAGCAACAGCAGCAACAUGGUCAGGGCCAGGAGGCGCUCUACACACACGACCCAGCCCAGAUUGACCAGCAGCCUGUGCCACAGAUGGUUCAGCCUGGGUUAGGUGGCCCCGCUCCAACGGUUACACCGUUGCCCAUGAUCCACCUUGCCCCUACUGAAGAAAAGUUGAGAGAGCUGUAUUCGGUUCCGAGACCAAGGCAAGAAGUCAGUGGCCCACCGUACCAAGACAGGAUGACCAGUACGUCUCAGUCACAGGUUAUGGAGCAUGUGCACAACGCCGCGGACUUCAACAAGCAGCUUGGGCAGACGAGCAAGGCAAGGAGGGGAAUGUAUCAGGAAAACUACUUCAAGCCGAAGUCUCCCCCGCAGCCACAGCCGCAGCCGCAACAACAUAAUCCAUCUGUCUUGAACCCACAGCAGCAGCAGCAGCAGGCUCAGCAGCAGCAGGCUCAACAGCAACAGGCCCAACAGGCUCAGCAGCAGCAACAGCAGCAGCCUGCGAACCCACAAUUGCCGCACCCAUCUCAACAUGCGCCUAUCCCGCAACACCCGCAGCUUCAUGCUCCCCCCCCACACAUGAUGAGCCCACAGCAGCUGUCUUCUCUACAUCAUCAGCAGCAGCAGCAGCAACAGCAGCAACAACAGCAUCAGCAAUUGGUCUCUCAGUCGCCAGUAAGGUCAAACCAAGGAAUUAAGCCGGAGCAACUGCAUACACACGGUGGUGGGCCUUACAUGCCACCAGCUCAGUACUUCCACCCUCAGGCGCCACAUACGCCACAGCCAUCGCACCCCCACCAGCACCCGGGACCGCACCAUCCCCAGCCGCACCCCCAGUCAAUGCCCUCCAUGCAUACGCAGCAUGGGCAACAGCAGCCGCCGAUGUACUCGAGCCCGACGCCACAACAUUAUCUGGGACAGCCACCGCCGCCGCAGAAUUACAGGCAGCAAGGUUCCGCUCAGGGCGGAUGGUGGAAUACUGGGGGCUAA